CCUCUUUCCCGUCACUCCCUCUUGGCACCACAAUCACACCAAGCACCACCGCUUUCGCAGCAGAGACUCAGAGCGUCUGUUUCGUCCCGUCCUGUUUCUCUUUUCUUUGGGUACCACGGCAUCCGUCCCACGUUCUCCAUAGUAGCCUGACAGGAAAAGGGGGCUGUGUUCGUUUCUUGUUCAACCCUUCUCCCCAGCCAAGACUCAUUUGCUAUCGCCUGAAGUUCUUGGAACACGGCUUUGGACAACAUAUUGCUGCCGUUGCUACUUUUCUGGCAACAAAUUACAAGCACUAUCAAUCUCUAUCUACCAGACACAGAUUCACCCGAUACCAAGCCCGCCUCACCUUUUUUUGCAUCACCGCAAAGGCUACCAAUUGGCCUUGCCCUUCCACACCAUCUCUUUCUCAACGGUCAAGACAUAGCAACACCCUCCCCCUCCCCGUAGCCCGUCGUCGAGUCGCGUCGCUCUGCUUCAAGUCUCCUGCAGUCGUGCUGCAGCAGCAUCCAUCGCAUCGUCACGCUCACUCGCACGUUCAAUCCCAAGGACCCAAGGACCCAAUCCACUUGGACCCCCUCUGGUCGAUACACCGUCCACAUAGAUUCCUCUGUACUUUGGACUUGGCAGCCCAACACUGCUUGCCAUUUCCUUGUAGCUAUUGGAUCAAGCCGUCACUGAACCGUCCGCUACCUACCUUACCUUACUCCACUCUCUUUGCCGUCGGGCGGCGCAGGCACAGGGCCUCGAGCAGAAAUCUCAUCCGGUCCGUUGCGACUAUCAUUAUCGGAAAUACCCACGCGCAAAAGCUUUGUAUGCAGCUUAGGACUGCCGGCCGUGAUAACAAGGUAGGGGACAAGAAAGGCCAAGCAAACUCAUCAGGUCACUCAUAGGCGACAUCAUGGUGUGUAAGUACAUUGUAAUUCUCAUUCUCUCUGCUUGAUCUAUGAAUUUACCUUUUUAUUCGCACUUUUACCACCUGACUUCUCUACCUGCCUUGUUACCUCUCUGAGCACAAUAUCUCCGUUUACCUCCCCCGUUCGUAUUAUUCUGCCUUGAACCCGCCUUGUACUUUUCUCCAUUCGCACCUACUCUACCUUAUGGUUUACCUGCGUCUACCAAACCUACCUACCUUGCCGCACUUAUUCCACUUUCCCACUCUUCCGCUGCGACAUUACUUUAGUGUAGCCCCAGCAAGCCCCGUUGGACUUUCUUUCCGCCCCAUGUCCUAGGUUCUUAGGUAGAGAAGCUGCAUCCCUCCCCUGGACACCUUCACCUUGGCGCGCUAAGUCAUUUCUACCACGGGGUGAAAGUCAUUCACCAUCUUUCCCUCCUCCAAGCCACACUCUGGCAUCGCAACCACCCACCACCCGCUACUCUUUUUCCAUUCUUCCACUACACCUUUAGGAUUCGGGCGCACAAAUUAUCAGGUCGCCCUAUCCCGCGCGUGGAUCGUCACUCCCUUGUCUCUUCCUUUUUCCAUUCUCGCCUUUUUCUAUUACUCGCCGGACGCCUUACCCCCAAAAUCCGAUCCGCCUUCCCAUCUGUCACAUCUACGAGCCGCGCGACAGGAAAUUCUUCUUCUUCAUACUGGUCAGGGCUCCGGCUAAUUAUGACGGCGCCAUGUCCGACGAUUCAGCCAACCAACAUUUCCGCGGACAGGUCCGCUCCUGGGGUACAGCCAACAAGCCCAACGGCCGCGAAGGCGACGUGAACGAGAACUCGCCUCUUCUUUCAAAUGGCAACCACUCGGGGACCCAUGAUAGCCACAUUGUCAACGGCGACGGCGGCAACAAGACCCUGAAGUUCCUCUUCAACGCGACACAGACACCCGGCACCGACAGCCCCAAUGCCGCCGUAAGAUACUCAUCGCACGCCUGGCAUGUUACCAAGGUGUCGCUCCUCAGCAACUAUGUCAACUUCCUGCUUGUAAUGGUGCCUAUUGGCAUUGUGGCCGGAAAGUUGCACUGGAGCCCAGUCGCCGUCUUCACCAUUAAUUUCUUCGCUAUUAUUCCCCUCGCUGCUGUUCUGUCCUUCGCAACUGAGCAAAUCUCGAUGAAGCUUGGUGAGGCCCUCGGAGGCCUGCUUAACGCUACCUUUGGAAACGCCGUCGAGCUGAUUGUCAGCAUUGUCGCCUUGAAGGAGGGUCAAAUCGAGGUUGUCCAGUCGUCUAUGCUGGGCUCCAUUCUCUCUAACCUGCUGCUUGUCAUGGGCAUGUGCUUCUUCUUUGGUGGAAUCGUCAACAUGCGCGACAGAGUCACUGGCCAGGGCAUGGAACAGAGCUUCGCCUCUGCUACGGCGCAGACCACUUGCUCGCUGAUGACGCUGUCAUCAGCAUCGCUGGUCAUCCCCGCCACGCUCUACUCGGUCCUCGACAAGGCCGAAAGCGCCGAGAAGGAGCACAGCAUUUUGGUACUCUCCCGCGGUACCGCCAUCAUCCUGCUGUUGCUUUAUGUCUUGUACCUCUGGUUCCAGCUGCGCACUCACCCCAACCUCUUCGAUGCCGAGACCCAGCACCACCACGAGGAGGAGGUUGAGGAGCCGAUCAUGGGCCCUAUUGCGGCGGCCGUCGUUCUCGUCGUUACCACUGUCUUGGUCGCCAUCUGCGCCGAUUACCUCGUCGAAAGCAUCGAUCCCAUUGUCGAAACCGCCCACAUCAGCAAGAACUUCAUUGGCCUUAUUCUUAUCCCCAUCGUCGGUAACGCGGCAGAGCACGUCACGGCUGUCGUUGUAGCUAUCCGCAACAAGAUGGACCUUGCCAUGGGUGUUGCCAUUGGCUCCAGCAUCCAGAUCGCCCUUCUCGUUACUCCUUUCCUGGUCAUUCUCGGAUGGGCUGUUCUCGACAAGCCCAUGACUCUCCACUUUGAGACCUUUGAGACUGUCGCCUUCGCAUUCUCUGUGCUGGUCGUUACGUACACUGUCCAGGACGGCAAGUCCAACUACUUGGAGGGUGCCAUGUUGCUUGGCUUGUACAUCAUUAUCGCUUUGGCCUUUUAUGUCAGCCCCAGCGACGCGAUCGAUCGGGUGCUGUCCGUUGUUCAGGGUUGA